AUGUCCUGCCCGCACGUUACCUCCACUGACCUUCGCCCUCCACGAGCCAACCAGAGCGUGUACCGUGAAGAUUGUACACAAUGCUUUGACUCCCAGGACGAUGAAGCAGGACUGGAUGUCUGUUUGCAGUGCUUCAAUGGGGGCUGUGCCGGCCACCGCAACCACUCUCUCCUCCAUUAUUCUACCACCAGUCAUCCUCUUGUCCUCAACAUCAAGCGAACACGAAGACAGGUCCAGCGGGACGAGCCUCCACUGAAGCUGACCAAACUCGCCAUUUCUGCAGAGACAGAGGAGGACAAAUAUGAUACAGUGACGAGAGUCAAAUGUUACGUGUGCAGUAUUGAUGAUGUCGACCGUUCCUUGGGCCAGUUGCCAACUGUUAUCGACGGCGUCAUGAAGGCCAUGACAUUUGCCAAACAAGAGGAAGUCAAGGCUUGGGAACAAGAAUUUACCGAAUGUGAACACACGCUAUGUCUCCAGCAGCAACCCAGCAGACAGAUCGGAUCACAGAAUCUGGACGGAUGUUCCAAGUGUGACCUCAAAGAGAACCUGUGGCUCUGCCUAGAAUGUGGCAACCUAGGGUGUGGACGGGCGCAGUUUGGGGGCGUGGGUGGCAAUUCUCAUGGAUUGGCCCACGCUACAGAGUCACAACAUGCUGUGGCAGUCAAACUAGGAUCUAUCACCCCGGAAGGUAAUGCGGAUGUGUACUGUUACCAGUGCAACGAGGAGAGAAUAGACACAGAUCUGGCCAAACACCUCGCUCAUUGGGGAAUCAAUAUUGCCGAGCGUGAGAAGACAGAGAAGAGUCUGAUGGAGAUGCAAGUGGAACAGAACCUGAAAUGGGACUUCUCGAUGACCACCGAUGACGGACAGGAGCUCAAACCAUUGUUUGGACCAGGUUUCACGGGACUGAAGAACAUCGGCAACAGCUGCUAUCUAGCCAGUACUGUCCAGUGUCUCUUCUCCAUCGAUGAAUUCCGGCGGAGAUAUUACCACCCAGAUCAGCCGCCUCCCACAGCCAAUUUCCCAGCAGAGGAUCUCGAAACACAAUUACGAAAGUUGGCAGAUGGCGUUCUUUCUGGACGCUACUCUCGCCCUGAAGUCAACAUCGCAGUAUCCCCAGACAACCCGGAAGUGCCUCACCAGAAAGGUCUCUCACCAGCAAUGUUCAAGCAUUUGAUCGGACGGGGACACGAAGAGUUCUCGACCAUGAGACAACAAGAUGCCUUUGAGCUAUUACUACAUCUGUUCAAACUUAUCAACAUCUCCAAUCAGGCGGAUCCAAAGGCGGAUCCAGUGCAAUCAUUUCGCUUCGCUCUUGAACAGCGGUUGCAAUGCCUGAAUUGUCAGCGGGUACGAUAUCGCACCGAUGAGCAGGACAACAUCUCAAUCCCCGUACCGGUCCGACGGAAAAUAGUGGACAACAGCGAUGGCUCCAAAGACGUGGUCAAAGGAUCAGAGUUCGAACCUGUCUCACUGAAGGAAUGUCUAGACAUCUUCACAUCAUCAAGCACCGUGGAAUUUACAUGCCCUUCUUGUGAUUCAAAGGCUGGAUUUUCCAAGUCGUCCAAGUUCAAGACAUUUCCCCAAAACCUUGCCAUCAACCCUCUCCGAUUCGAGAUCAUCAACUGGGUACCUACUAAGCUUGACAUCCCGGUCCAGGUGACGGAUGAAGCAUUUGAUCUGAGCCAGUACAAAUCUCAUGGUCUUCAAGCAAAUGAAGAAGAACUGCCCGAGGAUGCAGAUGUAGGUGGCUCAGCGGGCGCCGCUGCUUUUGUCCCCAACACGGCAGCACUUGAGCAGCUUGCAUCGAUGGGUUUCCCACAAAACCGAUGUGAAAAGGCUCUCCAUGCGACAGGCAAUGCGGAUGCAGAGGCAGCAAUGAACUGGCUCUUCUCCCAUAUGGAGGAUGCAGACAUUGAUGAGCCUCUCAAUCUUGGAGGAGCAGCAACAUCAAGCAGUGAUGACGCAGACAAGAUUGCACAACUUGGAGACAUGGGUAUCAGUGUACCGCAAGCACGAAAGGCACUACGAGAAUGCAAUGGGGAUGUCAGUCGAGCAGUGGAUUGGGUUUUCAGUCAUCCUGAUGAUCAAGGGGAUUUUGGGGAGCAAACUAGUCUUGAAGCCACAACAGCAGCACCAAAAGCGUUACCUGGAAGCGAGGAGUUACCGGCCAAGUUUGAACUUGAAAGCAUUGUGUGUCACAAAGGAGCGAGCAUCCAUGCGGGUCAUUAUGUUGCAUUUAUUCGGAAGGCGGUUUCCGAGGCUGACGAGGAACGUCAAUGGGUCUUGUUCAAUGAUGAAAAGGUGGUCAAGGCGGUGGAUGUGGACGAGAUGAAGAAGUUUGCGUACGUCUACUUCUUUUCACGAAAAUGA